AUGUUCGCCGCGGACCUUUCGUGGACUGAGCCAGCUACCGAGAAGGUAGGAGAACGUCGGGAGAGGAAAGCUAAGGAAUGCUCCAAUUCCUCCGCGACUCCCUCCCUCCAAAGCUCUAGGAGUUCAAUCUCGGAUGACCGGCAGUUGUUCUGGCCUUCGAGUCUAAAGAAGGCCAAAUCCGUAAAGCCGGACCAGAAACCGAAACCUAGCACAAAUCGUAAGGCAGGUCAUGCGAGGAAACUAUCGUCGUCGAACUCUGUUCCUCCACCUCCUGAACUCGAUCGUUCCUUGAGGGACCCGAUACUGCAGCCCGCGUGGACAUAUUCUGCGUCGCUCUCCUCCACUCUGCCCUCUGGCGCACCUUUGGAUCUUCCGGUAUAUGAGGUCCCGGAGCUGGAGGGCGACUUGUCCUCUCGCCGCACCACAUCGAGCGGUUCCCGGUCAUCCCAUGAGCGACCAUGGGGAUGGAAAUCGCCUGGAAAGAUAAAAGUCAUCGAUGAGGUUCAUGAGGUUCAGCAACUUAGUCCAAGGUCGUUCAUCGCCCGAACAACCCGGCGGAGCUCUGAGGCUGUUGAAGCGGACCUAGACUUGAGCCCGCAGUCGUUAAGGUCGUCAAGCCCAAAAGAUGAUGCCAAGGCGUCAUACUCUGUCAAGAUUGAAGGAUGUCUGGACCUCGAAGCCCUUAAGAUGCAGGACCAACCCGAGGAGAUUGCACCGCCGGCGAUAGAAGACAAGCCGUCAUACGCUAAUAGUCUGUCCAACCUAGUCGCUUGGAGACCACCGUCUAAUUGGGAAGUUAUUCUUCCGCCUGAGCACUCCGAGUCGAACGAAACGAGAGAGCCGUGCGAGCGACCCCAGCAAAAAGAGCUUCCCCCACUACCGACAGGGGUCGCGAACGCGCACAGCAGCCUCCUUGAGCUCACUCGGUUCCAGCGGUUCAUUCGACGGAUGGAAAGCGCAGGGCCUAAGGUCAUUCUCGAUCGCCUAAAGGAAGAGUGGCAUGACCCUACGGAUGAAGAGACAAAUGAGGAGCUUGCUCUUGAGAAAUCUCUCUGGGUCCUAACUGCCUUUCAGCUUCAGAAUCUGGGGAGGUCCAAAGAACCUCCGAGGCCAAGGUGCAAUACAGGGAAGAUCCUGGAGCUAUAUGGCGAUCUCUCUGAGCUUUAUCAACUCUCCGCAAUGCAUCCAAGCCAGAAGGUACACUACCUUACUACCAGGCCUCAGCAGUCUAUCCCGCUUCCGGGAAAUGUCGCAUAUCUGACCGUAUCCCAAGCGGGAUUAGUACCUAUCCCGUACCAUGACCUGACCUUCUCGCACAUUAGGGCUUCGACCUUGCCUUCGCUCGUCCCGUCAUCAAAACUGCCGCAGCUCUUCCGAGAGUGCUAUAGGCUCCUUGCUCCGGGCGGAAUGCUCGAAAUAAGGAUCAUGGACGCGUCUCCCGUCCGGAAGACAGCUGGCCCCAAGAUGAAGGCUUGGAUCGAGGAUAGACUAUCAUUGAACCUGGAAAGACUGUUUCGAUGCUCAAAGCCGUGCAUGCUCGUCUCAAGCUGGCUGACAGACGCUGGGUUCGACUUACCAAAGAAUCAGGCCCAAUCUGGCGAGCAGAACAUGAAGCUGCCUUGCGCCUGCGAGAAAGAGAAUUCUAAUGUCGAUGUCGAGCUCUCCACCUUGAUAGGACGAGCAAUCUGGCAGGAAAUAUGGGGGGGGUUUGUUGAUGAUGUACCUGGAGAGCCACGCUGGUGGUGGGAGGAUGAAGAGUUUUACACCCCGACUUUCGUUUGGUGGCACUCUGAUUAUCCAGCUAGAUACCACGACUUACCAGUCAUCUCUUAUUAUACUGGGUCAAUGACCCCUGUCAUCUGUGCAUCCCUUGUUCUGUUAGAGGAGCAGCUGUACCUUACAGUUCACAGAAUGUCCGUUAAUGCAGUCGUGGGCCCUCCUGACUGCGUUUCAAAAACUGCAUAUCUGAAGUUGGCGAGUACUUGA